AGAGAGAUACGUUAGCUAUAUAUAUAUAUAUAUAUAUAUAUUUGUUGUACACAGUAUUUGUUUUAGACUGCAGGGAGCCUCUUAGCGCGUUACCAAUGAAGGAGUCUGACGCGAUCAAGCUGUUCAUCGGACAGAUACCCAGAAAUCUGGAAGAAAAGGAUUUGAAGCCCAUCUUCGAACAGUUCGGCAAAAUCUACGAGCUCACGGUGAUCAAGGACAAGUACACCGGCAUGCAUAAAGGCUGUGCGUUCCUCACAUACUGCGCCCGCGAGUCAGCGCUGAAGGCACAGAGCGCGCUGCACGAGCAGAAGACCCUGCCUGGGAUGAAUCGACCCAUCCAGGUGAAACCAGCAGACAGUGAGAGCAGAGGAGAGGACAGGAAGUUGUUUGUGGGCAUGCUGGGUAAGCAGCAGCUGGACGAGGAUGUGCGGAAGAUGUUCGAGGCGUUCGGCAGCAUCGAUGAGUGCACGGUGCUGAGGGGGCCCGACGGGACCAGCAAAGGCUGUGCCUUUGUCAAGUACCAGUCGCACGCUGAGGCUCAAGCUGCCAUCAACACCCUACAUGGGAGCCGAACCCUACCGGGAGCCUCCUCCAGUCUGGUUGUGAAGUUCGCAGACACGGAGAAGGAGAGGGGGCUCAGGCGCAUGCAGCAGGUAGCCAAUCAGCUGGGGAUGUUCACCCCCAUGACUCUGCAGUUCGGAGCCUACAGCGCCUAUUCACAAGCGUUGAUGCAGCAGCAGUCAGCGAUGGUGACGGCUCAGAGUGCCUACCUCAACCCCAUGGCUACCAUGGCAGCGGUGCAGAUGCAGCAGAUGGCAGCGCUGAACGCCAACGGCCUGAUCGCCACGCCCCUCGCCACGCCCCUCGCCCCCUCCUCAGCGUGGCCAGGUACGACCACGCCUCCCACCCUGGCGGCCACACCCGUGCCUGCCCUGCCGGCUCAGAUGGGGGUGAACGGGUACAGCGCUGUGCCAACGCAGCCCAGCGGGCAGGGAGCCUCAGAAUCCAUCUACAGUAACGGGGUGCACCCCUACCCUGGUGAGAGCUGCCCUGCACACGAGGGGUGGGGCCACCCCCCAACCCAACCCCCAACACUAACCCCAACCCCACCUUCCAAGGUUGGGUUGGGGUGGGGUCGGGCGGCGUACCCAGCUGCAUACGGAUUGGUCAGCCAGGCGUUUCCACAGCAACCAACCAUCGUCGCCCAGCAACCACAGCAACAGCAGCAGAGAGAGGGUCCGGAAGGCUGCAAUAUCUUCAUCUAUCACCUCCCCCAGGAGUUCUCCGACUCCGAGAUGCUGCAGAUGUUCCUGCCUUUCGGGAACGUCAUCUCCGCCAAGGUCUUCGUGGACCGCGCCACCAAUCAGAGCAAGUGUUUCGGCUUCGUGAGUUUUGACAAUCCUGCCAGCGCGCAGGCUGCCAUCCAGGCAAUGAACGGCUUUCAGAUCGGGAUGAAGAGGCUGAAGGUGCAGCUCAAGAGGCCAAAGGACGCCAACCGUCCGUACUGAGAGAGCCAGGGAGUGAGAGGGGGUUUUUUUUUUCGGAGGCUGAUAAACGACAGAUUGAGGAAAUAUUCUCCUUUCAACCUCAACCGCACCCCCGCACCCCCGCGCACCCACACACACACACACACACACACACACACACACACACACACACAC